CACAAUGCUGCGUUUUCUCCAAACUUGUUUGGUUACAGUUCUCCAAACGGUGGAAGAAGAGAAACACAAUUCAAUGGGUGUGGUGUCAUCAUGGAAGAGAUUGACGAAAACGAAUUUCAUUCUGAAUUGGCAAACAUGUAUGCACACUUAGAAAUCAAUCAAGGUACCAGUAGUUUGAAGAUCCAGGAGAUUGGCGAAAGCGAGUGUUCUUCUGAAUUGGCGAACUACACAAGAAAUGGAGGAAGCUCUAGUAUGGAGGAAAAAGCAGUGGUGGAAAAAGUGAGUGACGACGUAGAAGAGACUUAUGGCAAUCUCGUGCCUGGAGAGUUACAGGGCAGCAGCAAGGAAGAUGGUCCAUCACACCAGACGGCAGCUGUCAACAGCGAUGGUCGGAGUGCUCCAAUGGCGUCACUUAGUGAUACGGAUGAAAAGGCGAGAGAAAAGGGAAAGGAGAAAGUUAAGUGGCAAGGGAAGCAAAAAGUACUGACAAACGUCUUAGAGAAACAAGAGAUGUCUGACUUGGCGCAAAGUGUGAGAGUGAGGGAAGAGACUGAGAUUGAGUCUUCCAUUCGUGGAACUUGCGGAGGAAAGAGCAGAAACGAUGAGGUACCAUCGAGUGAAGGCGGUGUGAGCAGUGGUGUGACGCUUGGGAAUGGGAAAGAUGAAAUGAUGAAAGAAACGAAAAUGAAAGAAAUACCCUGCAACGACAGGCUCAUGCGGACAAUUAGUUUCAAAUCUCAAAAAACUGCUUCUGACCUCAUUAUAAAAGAAGUCGACGUGAUAGCUGCAGAAAACCAAGUGAAGGAGUUAGAAGAGAAAAGCAUCGAGAAUGAUCCAUCACACCAGACAACCGUGACCAUUGGUUGUCAAAGUACUUUGGCGUUGCCACCUAGUAAUAGAAUGAUGAGGGAAAAGAAAAAAAAGAAAGUUACGUGGCAAGACGAGCAGAUGCUUACAAACAACAUCGAGAAUAAAAAAGCGGCUGACCGUCCCCAAAAUCUAUUGCACAUGAAAUGGAUGGAUGAGAUUGAGUCGUACAUGAGGGAAAUGUGCGUGGAAAAGAGCAGCGACGAUGAGUCAUCGUUAGAUGAAGACGUUGAGAGUUGUGGUGUGUCGCUUGCUACUGGGACAGACGAAAUGACGGGAAGGAUGGAACUGAAAGAGAGACAAACGUCAAUGCCCAACAAUGGUUCAAGAUCACGAGGAAGCUCUGACAUGGAGGACAUAACAUUGGGUAGAAAGGUGGAUGAAAUAAAUAAAACGAUAGGAAACAUUUCCGAGCGUCUCGUUUCCGAGAAGUUACAUUGGAGCAGCACGGAAGAUGGUCCAUCUUACCAGAAGAAUGUGCGCAGUAACAGUCGGGGUGGUUUGAUGUUGUCACUUGAUGACGGAAUGAAGAAAAAGAAAGGAAAGAGAAAAGUCAAGUGCAAAGACAAGCACAUCAAGACAAAAGAUACAAGAAAGAAAGUGGCAUCGUUCGACAUGGUGGAAAGAAUGUUAGGGGAAAAGUUUGAACAAGAUAUCUACAAUGAAAAUUGUAUCCGCAAAAUGUACAGAAGAAGAUGGAGUAGCACGGAAGAUGGUCCAUCUUACCAGGAGAAUGUGCGCAGUAACAGUCGGAGUGAUUUGAUGUUGUCACUUGAUGACGGAAUGAGGAAAAAGAAAGAACUUCAAGACAGAGCUAACAGUGUGGAAGCGAAGUGUGAAGCUGACGACAUAUUGGAGGACUUUGACGAUACUAUCGAGCCUUCAGCGAAUCGAUCAUGGCAAAAUGGUACAAGUGUUACUGCUCCAUCAGAUCGACCAGGAACCGGGAACGUCGGACCCAUUCCUCUAAGGUUUGCUUGGAGUCUCGACACAAUGCAGGAGGAAAGAGAAGUUGGAAGACAUGAAAAGAUGAAAGAAAGGCCAACAUCUGCACGUGAUGCCGCUCCUAGAUGGAAUAUCGCUACGAGUUUGAGAAAAAUUUGGAAGCGGAGAAGAUCAUCAGUCGCUCCAGCACCAGUUCCCGAGUUGAUUCGUCUUCUAUUUGUAGAAAUCAUAGAAGAACGUUAUGAUAUAGAAGCUGUCGACGUUGACGGCGUACAAAUCAAUCGCGAGGACGACAGCCACCGACAAUUGCAGACACAGCUGCAUGCUAGCAUUUUGAUCUCUCCAGCCUCUCCUCCACUUCUCUUACCACCAUGUUGUUGUCCAUCCAUUGUGUCAAUAAACUAUGAAACCACAAAUCCUGUGUCUCGUACGUGUCAAUCUCGUGCAGUACCUCAGAUUCGUGACUCCAAGGGAACUACAAAUAAGUUGCCAAAGUCUCUUGAUAUUCAAAUGAUCAAGUCGUCCGAAUUACGACCUACACCUUUGACAGCGCUAGCCCCUACAAUUGAGUAUAAUGAAGAGCAGAGCAUCCGACACCGCUCUUCCACCGCACCAGUUGUUUCUUUUGGAACAGCCGAUACUUUAUGA